UUCUGGCAAGUAGCUUAUGAGGAAUUUUGCGUUUGCCAUCCCCCCAUGCAAAAACAUGUACGGGCAUUUAGGUUAAUGUCUGUUAGAGGCAGCGCAUGGGUUGAUUGAAAUUGCCAACGUAGGCUACCCAUGCGCAUAAUCCAAACUAAAUCCCUUGCCCCUAGUAGUUCCCCUGGAGUGCCCUCUGUAUUAUAGCUCACUGACAUCACAUUGAGGGCCACUCGCAAAGAUGAAUGAAGAACUCAGGGAUACCCCCUUCAGCAUGAAGCCUGUAUAGGCUCUAUAUACUAUUUGGAAAGAUAUUUGGUUUCCCAAAAAAUAAUAGUUAUUUAAAGGAAUGUAUUUUUUAGAGAAAGUUUUUGGUUUUCCAUUAAAAUAAUUUACACAAAUGAAAUACAAUGUAUUUCGUACGGAAAUGUAUUUGAAAAUACUUCAAAUAUGUAUUUACAUACAUUUUCAAAUACAAAUACAUACUUGUAUUUGACCAAGGGCUGUAAUAAACAAAGGCAAUAAAGCACAUCAUCCAAAACCACACCAAGUGGCUUUGAAACAGGAAUGAAUUCAUUGAUUAAUUUAGCAUUCCAUAGUAAUGAUGACAGUGGCAAAUAGAAUUAAACUGAGUAACAGCACUGAUUGGCUUUGGUUCCUGACAAGUCUGCAGAAGUGCGUGUGAGGUACAGUAUGAGUCCAUGUGCUGCAAAGGUCCAAGGAUGUCUGCUGCAUUAAAUCCACAAAAGGUAACAUCAAGGCAGUAGUUUUUGGACUUUGUGUUCCACAUCCCUGCGCACGGUUCUCUAUAUAGUGGUCGGGCACAGCAGAACGGAAUCAGACACACUGAAGAAGGCUCACACACAGAUAUAGCCAUGAAGUUGUUUGUGGUGCUUGCUCUUGUGGCUUUUACUGGCUGCCAAGCCAAUGUUCUGAGGUCAGACGAACCCAAGCCACAACUGGAUCUGGUGAAAGAUGCAUUCUGGGACUACUUUGUCAAGGCAACAAAAAUAGUUCUAGAUACUCUGAAAACCAUUGGAAACUCUGCGUUUGGACAGCAAGUGAAUGAAAAGAUCACAGAAAGUGUGGAAGUGGCCAGCCAAUACAGUGCCGUAGUGCAGGAUCAAGUUGUCGUCUUUAGCCAUGAGUUACAUAAAAAGCUUUCUGAACAUGUGGAACAGCUGUCAGAGAGCCUGCAUCCGGAUAUAAAUGAAGUGAGGGUCCAGCUGGAGCCCUUAGCAGAGAAGCUGAGUGCCAACAUUCAGCAGCAGAUGCAGAAGGUGAGGCAGGUGCUGGACCCCUACACAGAGCCCCUGGACACUAGGGACCUGGAGCUUGCCCUGAAACGGAUGCAUGGGAAGCUGAUACGCACCCUAUUUUUGAGUGUGGAUCAGCUGCAGUCCCACCUGCACUCCCAGCUGGGCCCCUCCACUAAGGAGCUGGAGGUGAAAGUGGAGGAGCGCGUGCGGGAGAUUGAACGCAGUGUGAGUCCCCUGAUCAAUCUUUUCCUAAGAGAGGUGAUGGGCAAUGCCCGGAUGCUUGAGAAGGCCCUGGCACCCUACAUAGUAGACCUGAAGGUGAGCCUGGACCUUUUUGCCCAGGACCUCAAAUCCCAGCUCACUGCUCUCUGGGAGUCUUCUGCCAAAAGUGCCUAAGUGCAGGAGGAACCACUCCCUGCUCCCCUUAUCGAUUCUAACUGCCUGAGUCUCUCUGGGAAUUCAAUAAGGCACCACGAUCAUCUUUGCUUGAUGCUCAUUUCCAAUACCAGUCAGUAUAUGAGCACUCUUUCUUAGUUUUGCAGUACUGUUAACAACACUGAACAUCCAGAGCAGUUGCGAUGUGUACUUGUAUCUGUAAUUGGCUAUCUUAGCUCAAACAAAUUAAACAAGCAGUAUUACAAUGCAAUGCGACCCAGUGUUUCCUAAAUUAUUUCAAGUAACUUGGCCCUGUGUUUUUUCAUUUUACCAUUUUAAGAGAAUGUUCACUUCAAGAAAAUAAAUGUACCUGCCAUCCCCUUUGUGACUUUUCCUAAACAUAUGUACUGAACAUUAUGAUGUAUUUUGAAUAUCAAUAUUUCAUAAGUAAAUUAAAUUAUAAACACUUACUGACCAUAAAUUGACCAUACUUUAUCUUGCCUGUAUGCUUUUGAUGAUUUGGAUUGCUGUGUGUAUAACAUUGUUUCUGCAGCCCUGCAGAACAAGCCCCAGGCUGGGCCAAGCCUGCAAUAGCAGUCCGAGGUUGUAGUGACUUGCUUGUAGUCAUGUAGCCUGUCUGAGUCAUUGAGUAGAGUUUGGUACCAAAAUCCCAAUAGCAGACACUAGUUCUCAUACAACCAGUAGGCUAACGUUACCUCCCGGACCGAAUCGUAAUGCAUCUUUUGGUGCUUAAUUUCAAUGCCAUCUGUGCUAACAUUAUACACUCACUCCAGUGACUCAUUUGCAAGCUAGCUAACAUUAAACUCUGUCAAAAUGCUGAAAGUGAAACGGUCUAAAGAGUGGUUGCAUUUUACCCAGAAAUAUUCACCAAACAAUGGGAUGUGCCUGCAAUAAAGACUGUUUUUAAUAUAA